AUGAGUGCAACAACAGUCAAGAAAAUCGCCAUCAUCGCAACCAGCACCCGCACGCCGCGCGUCGGUCCCAGCGUAGCAGCAUGGGUGCAUGACGUGCUCCAGCAGAACAAGGACAAGAACAAUAACGACAACAAUUCUACAAUCGAGCUCCACCAGCUCUCCGUCGCAGACUUCAACCUGCCCGUGUUCGACGAGCCCGUGCUCCCGGCCAACGUACCUUCCAGAGCGAGUUUCACGCACGAACACUCCAAGCGCUGGAGCAGCGCCAUCGCGCAGCAUGACGGGUACGUCCUCGUGAUCCCCGAAUACAACUACGGCGUGGCGGGCGGGACCAAGAACGCGAUCGACUACCUGUACAACGAGUGGAUUGGCAAGCCCGUGCUGGUGGUCAGCUACGGCGUGCAGGGCGGGAAGGGCGCCUCGCGCCAGCUGAGCGAGAUCCUGGAGGGGAUGAAGUUGAAGGUUGUGCCGACGAGGCCAAACUUGGCGUUUAAGGGCGGGCUGGGCCCGGAUGCGUUUGCGGCCAUGAAUGAGGGCAGAUUGGGUGAGGAGACGAAAGCCGAGUGGGAGGCGGGUGAUGCCAAAGAGCAGGUUUUGCGCGGGUUUGCAGAGUUGAGGGAGUUGCUGUAA